AUGACAGACACCAAAGACCAUGCUGCUUCUCUGCAGCCAUCUGAUGACACCAUGUUACCUGGCAGUGUCCAUUCCCCUGCCUCCUGCACUCCUCACCCCUGUGUCUCCACCUCCAGGAUUUCUCAUCGACCGAGAGCCUGCGACAACUCUCCCAACAACUCAAGUCUUGUUUGUGAGUCAACAACAUUUGUCAAAGGGGAGGGCCCUGCAUCGUCUGCUAACCUGAAGGAUCUGGAGAACAAGGAGAACAUGGAGAUGGCCAGUCUGCUGCAGUCGGAGCUGCAUGGCAAGAAGGAGCUGCAGGAGAAGCUGGGCUGAAGGAGACGGUAACCCUGCCCCAUCCAAGAAGGGC